AUGGCUGCCAUCGCCCCCCAGCAACCGCUCACAUUCAACGAUGUCUUUGAGGAGGAAGAUAUCGACGAGCCUAAGGAGGCCAACUCGGUCCACCACAUCCGCGCCAACUCUAGCAUCAUGCAUGUGAAGAAGAUUCUUGUCGCCAACCGUGGUGAAAUUCCUAUUCGUAUUUUCAGAACCGCUCACGAGCUUUCAUUGCACACUGUUGCUGUCUUCAGUUAUGAGGAUCGAUUGAGCAUGCACCGACAGAAGGCCGAUGAAGCAUACGUCAUUGGCAAGCGUGGACAAUACACCCCUGUUGGCGCGUAUCUGGCUGGCGAUGAGAUUAUCAAGAUCGCUGUCGAGCACAACGUGCAAAUGAUUCACCCUGGUUACGGUUUCCUUUCUGAGAACGCUGAGUUUGCCCGUAACGUCGAAAAGGCUGGCCUCAUCUUCGUCGGCCCCUCUCCCGAAGUCAUUGACUCUCUUGGUGACAAGGUCUCUGCCCGAAAGCUCGCCAACGCCGCCAACGUUCCUGUUGUACCCGGUACCCCUGGCGCUGUCGCAAGGUUUGAGGAGGUAAAGGACUUCACCGACAAAUAUGGUUUCCCCAUUAUCAUCAAGGCUGCCUUUGGAGGUGGUGGUCGUGGUAUGCGAGUAGUCCGCGAGCAAGAGACUCUCCAGGAGUCUUUCGAGCGCGCCACCUCUGAGGCCAAGACUGCCUUCGGUAACGGAACUGUUUUCGUCGAGCGUUUCCUCGACAAGCCCAAGCACAUUGAGGUUCAGCUUCUCGGUGACAACCACGGUAACAUCGUCCACCUGUACGAGCGAGACUGCUCCGUUCAGCGACGACACCAAAAGGUUGUUGAGAUUGCUCCUGCUAAGGAUCUCCCAACUGACGUCCGCGACAACAUUCUCGCCGACGCCGUUAGACUGGCCAAGACUGCUGGUUACCGAAAUGCUGGCACUGCAGAGUUUUUGGUCGACCAACAGAACCGCUACUACUUCAUCGAGAUCAACCCUCGUAUCCAGGUCGAGCACACAAUCACCGAGGAGAUCACCGGUAUCGAUAUCGUUGCCGCCCAGAUUCAGAUCGCUGCUGGUGCCACGUUGAAUCAGCUUGGUCUUACCCAGGACCGCAUCUCUACCCGUGGUUUUGCUAUUCAGUGCCGUAUCACAACUGAGGAUCCUGCCAACGGCUUCUCCCCCGACACCGGAAAGAUCGAGGUCUACCGAUCUUCUGGUGGUAAUGGUGUCCGUCUCGACACUGGCAACGGUUUCGCCGGUGCUGUCAUUACUCCUCACUACGAUUCUAUGCUUACAAAAUGUACGUGCCAUGGAUCCACCUACGAAAUUGCCCGUAGAAAGGUUCUCCGAUCUUUGAUCGAGUUCCGUAUCCGAGGUGUUCGAACCAACAUCCCUUUCCUGGCUUCUCUUCUUACCCACCCUACCUUUAUUGAUGGAAACUGCUGGACUACUUUCAUCGACGAUACCCCUCAGCUCUUUGAUCUCGUUGGCAGCCAGAACCGUGCUCAGAAGCUACUUGCCUACCUCGGUGACGUUGCCGUCAACGGCAGCAGCAUCAAGGGCCAGAUCGGCGAGCCCAAAUUCAAGGGCGAGAUUCAGGUCCCCGAGCUCAUCAACUCUGCUGGAGAGAGAGUCGAUGUUUCUCAGCCCUGCACUAAAGGAUGGCGAAACAUCAUCCUUGAGCAAGGCCCCAAGGCUUUUGCCAAGGCUGUCCGCGAGUACAAGGGUACUCUUCUAAUGGACACAACUUGGAGAGAUGCCCAUCAAUCUCUUCUGGCUACUCGUGUCCGUACCGUUGAUUUGCUUGGCAUUGCCAAGGAGACCAGCCACGCUCUCUCUAACCUGUACUCCCUUGAGUGCUGGGGUGGUGCCACCUUUGAUGUCGCUAUGCGAUUCCUCUACGAGGAUCCUUGGGACAGACUCCGCAAGAUGCGAAAGCUUGUUCCUAACAUCCCUUUCCAGAUGCUGCUCCGUGGUGCCAACGGUGUUGCGUACUCUUCUCUUCCUGACAACGCCAUUGAUCACUUCGUUGACCAGGCCAAGAAGAACGGUGUGGAUAUUUUCCGUGUCUUCGAUGCCCUCAAUGAUAUAGAUCAGCUCGAGGUUGGCAUCAAAGCUGUUCAACGAGCUGGAGGUGUCUGCGAGGGAACAGUCUCUUACUCAGGCGACAUGCUUCGACCUGGUAAGAAGUACAACCUUGAGUACUACCUUGACCUUGUCGACAAGCUCGUCAAGCUUGACAUUGAUAUCCUGGGUAUCAAGGACAUGGCUGGCGUUCUCAAGCCGCACGCUGCGACUCUUCUGAUUGGUGCUAUCCGAGAGAAGUACCCAGACCUUCCUAUCCAUGUUCAUACCCACGACUCUGCCGGUACUGGUGUGGCCUCUAUGGUUGCUUGUGCCAAGGCCGGUGCCGAUGCUGUCGAUGCCGCCACCGACAGCCUGUCUGGAAUGACCUCGCAGCCCAGCAUCAACGCUAUUAUUGCUUCCCUCGAGGGAAGUGAGUUUGAAUCCGGUCUGGAUCCCAAGCUUGUCCGAUCCCUCGACGUCUACUGGCAACAGCUCCGUCUACUUUACUCUCCGUUCGAGGCCCAUCUUGCUGGUCCCGACCCUGAGGUCUACGAGCACGAGAUUCCUGGUGGUCAGUUGACCAACAUGAUGUUCCAGGCUUCCCAGUUGGGUCUCGGAUCCCAAUGGCUUGAGACCAAGAAGGCCUAUGAGCAUGCUAAUGAGCUUCUUGGUGAUAUCGUCAAGGUCACUCCUACCUCCAAGGUUGUCGGUGAUCUUGCUCAGUUUAUGGUCUCCAACGGCCUCUCCCCUGAGGAUGUUAAGGCGAAGGCCUCCCAACUUGAUUUCCCUGGCUCCGUUCUAGAGUUCUUUGAGGGUUUGAUGGGUCAGCCCUACGGUGGAUUCCCCGAGCCUCUGCGAUCCGAUGCUCUUCGAGAACGACGAAAACUCGACAAGCGACCCGGUCUAUUCCUCGAUCCCGUCGAUUUCGUCAAGACCAAGCGUGAGCUUGGCAAGAAGUACGGUGCUCCCAUCACUGAGUGCGAUGUCGCCUCGUACGUGAUGUAUCCCAAGGUCUUUGAGGACUACAAGACUUUCGUCCAGCAGUAUGGUGAUCUUUCCGUCCUGCCCACUCGAUACUUCUUGUCCCGCCCUGAGAUUGGAGAGGAGUUCAACGUGGAGCUCGAGAAGGGCAAGGUUCUGAUCCUCAAGCUUCUUGCUGUCGGCCCUCUGUCCGAGAACACCGGCCAGCGUGAGGUCUUCUUCGAGAUGAACGGAGAAGUCCGACAGGUCACUGUUGUUGACAAGAAGGCUGCUGUUGAGAACAUCAGUCGUCCCAAGGUCGAUGCUAAUGACACGAGCCAAGUCGGCGCGCCCAUGUCUGGUGUUUUGGUUGAGCUCCGUGUUCACGAUGGUUCCGAGGUCAAGAAGGGCGAUCCCAUUGCUAUCAUUUCUGCCAUGAAGAUGGAACUUUCAAUCUCGGCACCUCAUUCUGGCAAAGUUUCAGGUCUUCAAGUUCGCGAGGGUGAUUCUGUUGAUGGCUCCGAUCUCAUCUGCCGAAUCGAGAAGGCCUAG